CCUUCAUGUGUAAUCAGGUAAAUACAGUCUGAGAAAUGAGCAGGUGGAGUAAACAUGGGAUCAUUUAUACCUGCUCUUAAAACUACGGAGCUGACUCUUGAACUAGUGGGUUUAAAUCCACAAACUUUUUCCAUCAGCAUGUAAAUGUGAUUUUUAACCAGGCAUGGAAAUCUAGAUGUGUUGGCGCUCACUGUUAGAAAGUUGAACAGGACACUUCUGAGAAGCAAAUCAAUUGAAGUUUAGAGUAUAUAGUACAGAAUUAAAGCACUAUUCAUUUGAACCAAUUAAUAUUAACACGGCAAAGGGGAAAAUGGCCGUUUAUACCAAAAUUCCUCAAGAUAUUGACAUUUUCGGUACAUGCUGUAUGUUUUGUUUUGUGUUUUUACACAUUCAUAUGAUAAGGUGCAACAUCUACAAGAGCCAAAGGGCAAACAUAAUAUUUCCAUAAUAUCUGCACACCUUGGUGCUCCAACAACAAGAAAAAAAGCAUGUGUUGUGUUGCAUAAUCGUAGAGAUUGAACCAGGUGGUAAGCAUCUGUGGCAGGUAUAAAUGGAGGCAUGUACAGUUCCCUGCGCCAGAUUGCUCUCAGGAUUUCCUCCUCUGGCUCUCAAAGCUUCUCCUGCAGAUUCUCACCAUGAACUUCACCUGCAUGUUGUCCUGCCUCAGCCUGCUGCUGGCAGCUGUUGCCGCCCAGCAGCCCAAACCCUGUGAGGCCCCUCCAUUGUUGAGUGGAGACUUCAGUUGGAUUUUUGGUCAUGGAUUAACGUCAACAGGAAAAUUCGACUAUGAUGCCACUGCAAAGAGGUCGCGGAUUAGAGAGCUGAGAAAAACAGGCAAUAGCACCGAAUUUAUGGACCAGCUGACGCUUUUCUCAGAGAGUGCCUUCUAUAUUAUUGACUGGGCAACGACUACCUGCACAAAAUGGAAGCUGGAUGAGGAAUUCAUUCCCAUGAGCGUGCCCGAGGACGCUAAACUUUUUGGUCAGUUUUUCAUGGGAUCCUCCUCCUCUUCGGGAACGGGUGUGCUGGUCAACAACUGGUACGGAAGCGUGCCAGGAAACGGAACCUACUCAUAUGUCUUUACUGACAAUGGCUGCGUCCCUAUAUCCCUCACCACCUACAAUCCAUACGAUGGGUGGGCCACUCUCAGCACCUACAACUGGGUCGAGGGCAUCAUACGCCCCCAGGACUUCUUCCCCCCUCGCUUCUGUGAUGGAGCUCGACUGGAGGAAACAAAGCAGCCACUCACCUUCUUCACUGCCCUGCAAUAUUUGGCCAAUAGCAUUCUGGACGAGUAAAAACCUGGAGCGUUUCACCAAGAUAAUCACAGACGCUGCUCCUGUUGAGGCAGCAGAGCUAAAUUUGACCCAAAUGAAUCAGCUGUCAUGAUGAAAUGUAAAACGAAUCACGGAAACGGGAUUUACAAAGUAGUUUUCACCUGCUGGGCCCCCCAUGUAGCCACCAGACAACACAGAUAGCAGGGAUACAUGUGAUUCAUCUCUCAUCCUAUUUGUAGUUGUGCGAGGGGGAAAUCUUGUUCUGUUGAAGUAAACAAUUCAAUUCAAUUCAAUUCAAUUUUAUUUACACAGCGCCAGUUACAGGUCAAACUGUCUCAAGACGCUUUACAGAACCCAUAUGCCUGACAGUCACAACCAAGCAAAGGAGGUCUCUUCAUAACACCUUAGGUACCAUCUUUGUUGCCUAUGUGUCUUGUCUUUACUGAAAUCCAUUAAAAGCAUUAAAAAAAUUA